GGGGAGAAAAAAAAAGGGAACAGAAACAUGGCCGUCAGCUGUCGGAGCGGUGGUGCAGCGGGCAGCUCCUAGGCGACCCGCCACCCGCACCGCCGGACUCGAGAGAGCAGAGGCGCCCGCGCGGGCUCACGCUCCCGGCCGUUAUCGCUGCAUGCGGCGCCCCUCGAGACCGAGCCCGUGAGGCGGCGCAGGCGCAGAUCGGGCCGUGGCGGCGGCGGCGGCCGCGGGAGCAAGUCCCCCGCCCGGCUGUGCCGAGGGCGCGCAGGCCGCGAAGCCGGCGCUUUCAUGCCCCAGGAAGGGGCUGUGUCCGGGUGGCACUGAAGGUGGAGCAGGCAGCAGGAAAUACAGUAGCAACCAUGAUAGAAGAUAAAGGGCCAAGAGUGACUGACUACUUUGUUGUGGCAGGUCUCACGGACACAUCUACUCUUUUAGAUCAAGAACUAAAUCGUUUAGAUACUAAGUCAACGGGGCCCAAAGCUCCCAUUACAGACAUUGCAGUUAUUAACAAAUCUGCUGGGGAAACAGUACCUGAAGGUUACACCUGUGUUGAAGCCACUCCAUCAGCUCUCCAAGCAAAUUUGAACUAUGGAAGUCUGAAAAGCCCAGAACUUUUCCUCUGUUACAAGAGAGCAAGAGAUAAACCACCCCUUACCGACAUUGGAGUUUUAUAUGAAGGGAAAGAAAGGCUUAUUCCAGGAUGUGAAGUGAUCCAAGCCACACCCUAUGGUCGCUGUGCCAAUGUCAACAAUAGUUCAACUACUUCACAAAGAAUCUUUAUCACUUAUCGAAGGGCUCCUUUAAUUCGACCCCAGAAUUCCUUGGCUGUAACUGAUAUCUGUGUUAUUGUAACCAGUAAAGGAGAAACCCCUCCUCAUACUUUCUGCAAAGUUGACAAAAACUUAAAUUGUGGAAUGUGGGGUUCCAGUGUAUUUCUGUGUUAUAAGAAGUCUGUGCCUGCUUCUAAUGCAAUAGCAUAUAAAGCUGGUUUAAUUUUUAGAUAUCCAGAAGAUGAUUAUGAGUCAUUUCCGCUGUCAGAAUCUGUACCUCUCUUCUGCCUUCCUAUGGGAGCUACUAUAGAAUGUUGGGAUCCUCAAACUAAAUACCCACUUCCAGUUUUUUCAACUUUUGUCCUGACAGGUUCUUCUGCUGAGAAGGUCUAUGGAGCUGCCAUCCAGUUUUAUGAACCUUAUUCUCGGGAACUUCUGACGGAGAAACAGCUUAUGCAGCUGGGCUUGUUGACCCCUGUGGAGAGAAAAGUGGUCUCCAAAUCCAUCAAUUCAAACAAAUGCAUUUGUUUACUCUCACACUGGCCUUUUUUUGAAGCUUUUAGAAAAUUUCUCAUGUUUAUCUACAAACUUUCUGUGUCUGGACCACACCCUCUUCCCAUUGAAAAGCACAUUUCACACUUCAUGCAAAACAUCCCUUUUCCCUCACCACAAAGACCAAGAAUCCUCGUACAGCUUUCAGUCCAUGAUGCGUUAAUAUUAUCACAGCCAGUUUCUACACCUUUACCACUAAGUGGAGCCAACUUUAGCACCUUGUUAAUGAAUCUGGGUCCUGAAAAUUGUGCGACUCUGCUGCUCUUUGUUUUACUUGAGAGUAAGAUUCUGCUGCAUUCUCUCAGGCCAGCUGUGUUGACUGGAGUAGCAGAAGCUGUCGUAGCUAUGAUCUUUCCAUUUCAGUGGCAGUGCCCAUAUAUUCCCCUUUGUCCUCUUUCUCUGGCGGCAGUCCUUAGUGCACCUUUACCAUUUAUAGUUGGAGUUGACUCAAGGUAUUUUGAUCUUCAUGACCCACCACAAGAUGUUGUUUGCAUUGACUUGGAUACAAACAUGUUGUAUAUAUCAGAUGAAAAGAAGAACAUGAACUGGAAGCAGCUUCCCAAAAAGCCAUGCAAAAAUCUGCUUAGUACCCUAAAGAAGUUGUAUCCUCAGCUAUCUUCAGUUCACCGAAAGACUCAAGAAGGUUCAGCGAUUGAGAUGACUCCAAUCGAAGCAGAUUUCUCCUGGCAAAAGAAAACAACACAACUUGAGAUGGAAAUUCAAGAGGCAUUUUUGCGUUUUAUGGCAUCUAUUUUAAAAGGGUAUAGAACAUAUCUCAGGCCAAUCACAGAGGCUCCUUCAAAUAAAGCCACAGCUGUUGAUUCAUUGUUUGACCGACAGGGAUUUUUAAAAAGUCGAGAUCGUACCUAUACGAAGUUCUAUACUCAUUUAUCCAAAACACAGAUAUUUAUUCGUUUCAUUGAAGAAUGUAGUUUUGUAAGCGAUAAAGAUACUGGAUUGGCAUUUUUUGAUGACUGCAUAGAAAAGCUAUUUCCUGAUAAAGGCACAGAGAAAACUGACAAGGUUGAUUUUGAUUCAGCCGAAGAUACCAGAUUGAUAGAGCUAGAUGAUUCCCAGAAGAGUGAGCACACGGUAUUCAUCAUGCCGCUGGAGCCGCCCCCUGAUGACGGGAAGGAUCUGUCCCCGAAGUACAGUUACAAAUACUUUCCAAGACUGGACCUUAAACUUUUUGACAGACCACAGGAGUUGAAACUUUGUUUUAGUAGACACCCUACUGGGACUAGCAUUACAAACAGUCCAGCACUCAUGGCUAAGAGAACUAAACAGGAGAUAAGAACAGCUCAUAAGUUGGCAAAGCGAUGUUACACAAAUCCACCACAGUGGGCCAAGUGCCUCUUCAGUCACUGUUACAGCUUGUGGUUUAUCUGUCUCCCGGCCCAUGUGAGAGUUUCUCACCCUAAAGUCAGAGCACUGCAGCAGGCGUAUGAUGUUCUCAUUAAGAUGCGGAAAACAGACGUGGAUCCGCUCGAUGAGGUGUGCUAUCGAGUAGUCAUGCAGCUCUGUGGACUUUGGGGUCACCCUGUUUUAGCAGUGAGAGUCUUAUUUGAAAUGAAAACUGCCAAGAUAAAGCCAAAUGCUAUUACUUAUGGUUAUUAUAAUAAGGUAGUUUUGGAGAGCCCGUGGCCUAGCAGUACCCGCAGUGGUAUCUUCUUAUGGACGAAGGUACGGAAUGUGGUACGUGGCUUGGCACAAUUUAGGCAGCCGCUUAAAAAGACCGUGCCAAAGUCACAGGUCUCCUCACUAUCAGCUCCUCCGAAUGCCACAGGUGGAAGUGAUGGGGACACGGUGAGCCACGGUAGCGUGGAUAGUUCUAAUGAUGCUAACAGUGGGGAGCACACAGUCUUCGUCAGAGAUUUAAUCAGGCUUGAUUCCACUGAUAAUCACUUUAGCACAGGCGGUCAGUCUGACCAAGGCUAUGGGUCUAAGGAUGAACUUAGGAAGGAUGAUGCAGAAAUUCACAUGCCUGAAGAACAAGCAGCAGGAGACGUGAUACCUAAAACAAAAGUGCACACAGAAGAAGUGUGUGAUGUCUCUGCUGUUGGGGCAAAACAUUCCCAAGCUGGUACGGAGCCACAGAGUCCCACCGAGCCUCCUGCAUGGGGUGGCAGUAUUGUGAAAGUUCCGUCCGGGAUAUUUGACCUCAGUGGCAGGAGGAGCAGCACUGAUAGUACAUCCAGUGUGCCAUUUGCUACUCAGGAUCCGAGUGAAGAGGCAGUCUUCAGUGAAGUUACUAACCCCAAGAAGAAUGGUGAUAGAGGAGAUAAAAGACAAAAGCAUUUUCCAGAGAGGAGUUGUAGUUUCAGUUCUGAAAGUCGAGCAGGAAUGUUGCUUAAGAAGAGCAGCUUGGAUUUGAAUUCAAGUGAAGCGGCUAUUAUGAUGGGAGCAGAUGCCAAGAUUCUCACAGCAGCAUUGACCUGUCCCAAGACCUCUGCACUCCGAGUUGCAAGCACCCAUAGCUUUGACAGUGUUGGUUGUCAUCUGGGUGAUACCAGGACUCGUAUGUCUGAGAGCACUUGGGAUUCAGAGCACAGAUCUUCCUCGGUUUUAGAGAUGCUCGAGGAAAGCCAAGAGCUCCUGGAACCUGUGGUUGAUGACAGUGUAGCUCAGACUCCUGUGGAAAAGGAUGCAGGUGACAGUCUACACAGUGAUGGUGACAGUAAUCAGCCCAGAGACUCAAAAGUAGGAUCCAGAGAUGUCAUGAAUAAGAGAAGUAGUUUAUAUGGGGUUGUUAAAGCUGUUGAGAGGGAGGAUGUUGAAACUGGACUAGAUCCUUUGUCUCUUUUGGCCACUGAAGGUACAGGAGAAAAAACUCCAGAUUCUGAAGAUAAGGUGUCUUCCCCAGUUAUUGCACGUAAUCUGGCUGAUGAAAUUGAAAGCUAUAUGAACCUGAAGAGCCCCCUGGGCAGCAAGUCUUCCAGUAUGGAAUUACACGGAGAGGGAAGCAGAGAGUCUGGUCCGGCCAGUGCGUUUACUCGCCCUUUAGAGAGGAGAUCAAGCCUGCCUCUAGAGCAGGGUCCAGCAGCACAGGAAGAUCCCGAAAGCGAAAAGAGCUCCCCCGCAGACUCCAGGUCUAAAACUCUCACCGGGCGUUUCAGGCAGCAGACGCCGUCUCGCGGUCAGAAAGAACGUUCAGCUUUAUCGGCCCUGGUGCGCUCUUCACCACAUGGCUCGCUGGGUUCUGUGGUAAAUUCUUUGUCAGGGCUGAAGCUAGAUAAUAUACUCUCAGGACCUAAGAUGGAUGUCCUAAAAUCUGGUAUGAAACAAGCAGCAACAGUAGCCAGCAAGAUGUGGGUAGCCGUAGCGUCUGCCUACAGCUACUCGGACGAUGAGGAGGAAACAAACAGAGAUUACAGCUUCCCAGCUGGCCUGGAAGACCAUAUUUUGGGGGAGAAUGUGUCACCUAACAUGAAUAUUGCAGGGUUGGUUCCCAGUGAACUUACCCAGAGCAACACAAGCCUUGGCAGUAGCAGCAGCAGUGGAGAUGCAGGAAAACUGCAGUACUCAACAGGUGAACCUACAUUUCCAAGAAGCAUAAAAGGGCAGGACUGUGAAAAAUCAGAUCAUGGUUCUUCUCAAAACACCAGCAUGUCUAGCAUCUAUCAGAAUUGUGCAAUGGAGGUUUUGAUGUCAAGUUGUUCCCAGUGCAGAGCUUGUGGCGCUUUAGUUUAUGAUGAAGAAAUUAUGGCUGGAUGGACGGCAGAUGACUCAAAUUUGAAUACCACCUGUCCAUUUUGUAAAAGCAACUUCUUGCCUCUUCUCAACAUAGAAUUUAAAGACUUGAGAGGCUCUGCAAGCUUUUUCCUGAAACCAAGUACCUCUGGUGACAGUUUACAAAGCGGCAGCAUUCCAUUGGCUAGUGAACCUUCAGAGCACAAACCUGUAUCUAGUUCAGCAGAACCUGACUUGAUCAACUUUAUGGAUUUCCCAAAGGAAAACCAGACCGUAACUGAAGAAACCACCUCUGCAAUUGAAUCAAGUGAUGAAAUAAAGAGAGCCAGUGGAGAAGUCCAAACUAUGAAAAUUUCACCUGCGCCUAAUAGUUUUUCAAAGCGAAAUGUAUCUUUGACUCGAAGUCACAGUGUUGGAGGUCCCUUGCAAAAUAUUGACUUUUCCCAGCGACCGUUUCAUGGCAUUUCAACAGUCAGUCUCCCAAACAGUCUGCAGGAAGUUGUGGAUCCUUUAGGAAAAAGACCCAAUCCUCCCCCUGUUUCUGUGCCGUAUUUGAGUCCUCUAGUGCUUCGUAAGGAACUUGAAUCUUUGCUAGAAAAUGAAGGUGAUCAAGUGAUUCACACAUCCUCUUUCAUCAAUCAACAUCCGAUCAUUUUCUGGAACCUCGUUUGGUAUUUCAGACGUUUGGACCUUCCUAGUAACUUGCCAGGACUCAUCCUCACAUCUGAACACUGUAAUGGGGGUGUACAGCUUCCCCUAUCAUCUCUGUCCCAGGAUAGCAAACUUGUGUAUAUUCAGCUAUUAUGGGAUAAUAUCAACCUUCAUCAGGAACCGGGCGAACCUUUGUACGUCUCAUGGAGGAAUUUUAAUUCUGAAAAGAAAUUAUCUCUCCUGUCAGAGGAACAAGAAGAAACAAGCACUUUAGUAGAAACCAUCAGGCAGAGUAUUCAACAUAAUGAUGUUCUUAAACCCAUCAACCUACUUUCACAGCUAAUAAAGCCAGACAUGAAAAGACAAAGGAGUUUAUACCGAGAAAUCCUCUUCUUAUCAUUAGUAUCCCUUGGAAGAGAGAAUAUUGAUAUUGAGGCUUUUGACAACGAAUAUGGACUUGCAUACAAUAAUCUAUCUUCAGAGAUUCUUGAAAAGCUGCAGAAAAUUGAUGCUCCACCAAGUAUCAGUAUGGAAUGGUGCAGGAAGUGUUUUGGAGCACCUCUCAUUUAAAUAAGAUGUUCAGUAGAUUUUCAACAAAGCUUGAGGGAAUAGAUUCCGUUGGCAAACAUUCAAGGUGUAUUCCAAAUGCUAACAGUUGAUGAAAGGGAAAUGAAGUUAGCGCUUGGGACAAUAUAUAAUGAAAUAUAAUUCAUACUGAAUCAUCUCGCAACAUAAAAAUGCCCCAGGGCUAGUUACCUAAAAGGCUUGCAACUUCUGAAUGGUUCAUCUGCCUGUGCUUGAUCCAAAACUGGUUUUGGAUUUCUCAAUGUAUUUGAUAAUGCGAAACUAUUCAUUCUUGGCAUUUGUUUAUAUUUUAAGUUGUUGGUCUUGGGGAAUAGCAGUUUAAUGUAAACUUGCUAACCCCCC